UAAAAAUGUAGAGUGGAAUGGGAGAGGAAUGAAGGCUUUGAUUAGGGGCUUUAACGUGGGAGCUCGAAACAAAACGGUUGGAGAAUCCGACCCUUUACUUCUCUGAGGUUACUAGCAAGACAAAGUCAAAGAUACAAUUUUAUUUUUUUAAUUUUAAUUUUUUGGUUCGAGUCUGCAAUAUCAGGCAGUUGCAAACUUGCAACUCAUCACAACUGUUGAUUCUUGACGACUCCCACUAAUCUAGACCGUCCAUUGGAACAGCGAAAGGUCUUCUUCUGGUUACACGUGCAUUCCAUCUUUUGUUGCCUUUUCCAAUCUCUGCUUCCAUGCAUGGAAUGGAAUUCUUCUUCGAACUAUAUAACAAAAUUUAGUGGGAGAGAGAGAGAGAGAGAGGAAGAUGGACUGAGGGGAGAAGAGAGAGAAAAGAGGCAUGGUGCAGUUCGAUUGCUAGCUACUCUUCGUUACAAUCCUGCAGACAAAUCUUGCUCUUGACCAAGAUUUUCACACCUGGAAGAAAAUACACAGCAAUUUGUUGAUCCCUUCUAGGCUAACCAAAUCUGGUAUUCUCGUCUUUCAAAGAUCAAGAGAAUGCAGCAUUUUAUAUCAGGAAAAGGGCGAAGUAAUCUUGUUGUUUUAACUGGGUUUCUUUGGUUGUGAUCGUAUGAAGAAUUAUAUAUCCAUGGAGAAUUCUAGAGAAACCAAGUUCGUAUGCAACUUUUGCAACAAGAGUUACCCAUGUGGGAAGUCCUUGGGAGGUCAUAUCAGAAUUCACAAGAAUGAGAAAUCAACUCGAGUUGCAGAGAAACAAAAGGAAAGGACCAGUAUCGUGAAGCUUCAAGUUCCGACAGACAGGAGAAGAAGCAAGAGAGAUUCAGAAUCUGAGGUUGGUAAUGGGAAUUCGAGUUCAGGCUAUGGCUUGAGGGAGAACCCCAAAAUAACACAGAGGUUUGCUGAUUCGGGAUUCAGUUCAAGGCAGGACAGGUUUUGUAGGGAAUGUGGCAAAGGGUUUCAGUCCUCAGAUACUUUGUGUUGGCACUUGGCUUGUAACUCUGAAAACGAGAGGGAAAGCAAAAGGCUAGAAUAUCAUUACCGGAUCACUCAUCAGAAUCCAGAACUUGUAGCAAAUCGAUCGGUCAGUCCCGAGAGAGUACGAGAGGCGGCUAUGUGCUUAAUGAUGAUGUCUAAAGCUUCCAGAUUUUCUGGAUUGGAAGGUCUGUAUUCAGUAGCAGAAUCCUCCGAUAGCAAAUCAUCUUCUCGUCAUUUUAGGGAAAGUGACACGUCUGCCUCUAACUCUAAUGGGGGGCUAGAAAUGAAGGAAGUCACUGGUAGGAUAAACAAGCUGGAAGUUUCUGAGUAUGGUGGUGAUAACUCUGACUAUGAAAAUUUCAGAAAAGAAGCCCGCAAGAAGGUUAAAUUGAAAGUGUCUGUCAGUGGUCCUCUUAUAGAUGAAGAUUAUAAGAAGCCAGAUGUCAAAGUUGGAGUCAGGAUAGGAGGAUCAAGUGCAGAUAUUCUAAAGAAUUCGGUGAAAACUAAGAAGAAUGAUGAUCGAGUGCAUACAUCUUCUUACAAGUAUGAGCUAAGAAAGAGGUUGAAAAAUGAUUCGUAUAGCCCUGAUCUCUGGGAGGGUUCCAACAAGAAGAUAAGUAAUGGCUGUUCAAUCCAUAGUGAGAUCGUCCAUUCUCAUCACAGAGAAAGCCAUACAAGAAUGAGCAAUGGCUGCGAGUGGACGCAUCCGUCGGGUGAAAACAUCAUAAAUACUGCCAAUAAUUCCUCCAUCUCCACGCCAGCUAGGGAGUUGAUCGCGUGUAGCAGUGGCAAAGACAAGAGUCACCAGGACACUUCUGGAAAUGAAGAGAAGAAAUUAGGGCCCAAAAGAAAACACAAGUGCCCAAUUUGCUUCAAAGCCUUCAAAUCAGGCCAGGCUUUGGGUGGCCAUAAGAGGUCCCAUGUGGUCGGAAGUUUAGAAGAUGCAUCUAUAGUGACAAGGCAAGAGCCCAUCACUGGUCUAAUUGAUCUUAAUGUUCCUGCUCCUAUGGAAGAUGAGGAAAGUGGGAGAUGGGGUUAAUUGCAUUAGUAGGUUGAAGGCAACUAGAAAAUAAAGGCCAAGUUGCUGAUGAGUCUGAUCUAGGAUCCAGGAGAAUAUAGCCACCAAUUCAAUAAGACAGGCAAGUCUGAGAUAAUUGCUUCUAUCUUGUCCUGAGAAUGUGAGGUUAUCAACCUUGCAAAUGAAGUCUGUAGAGAAAGUUUUUGGCAUUUGUUUUUGUCUUUCUCAUUCUUUUAGGUUCCUAAAUUUUUCACUCAUUUUUUUAUUUUUUGGACACAGAGAUAAGGCUGAAUCCUCUUUUUCAAAUUUGAGGUCAUGUUUUCCCAAUGUUUGGGUUUUAAUGGUAGCUUGAAGACGAAGGAGAGGUUACAUAAUUCCUAAGUGAUGUCAAUUCUUUUUUUUGAUCCUUGUUAUAAUUUCCAAUAGUAGGAACCCUUGACCUAUUUCUCUAUUUUCCCCUUUUUGUUCCUGUCGUGAAUCAAAUAAACGGUUGGAUUGCAUUGAUCUUAGUUGAAUUCUAUCAUGAAUUCAAGUGACUCAUAGGAAUGAUUCUGAAAUAUGUAACAAAACUCAAAGAGAGCUCAGAGGAUGGUAAGUUGGUUUAACCAGCUAGUUCUUGUUCUUAACCAACUCUUAACAUCAAAUCAAUUGGACUGUUCCAGUGGGUUUAAGAUUUUCAUUGACGAACUUCUUAUGUAAUCAAAUACCUCUCUCUGGUUGUAGCUUUAAUUUUGAAUAGGCUACGAGAUUCACUUUCACCUCCUGUUUCUAUCUUCCCAUCUCAUUUGGCAAUUACAAUAGUAAUGAGUUGGAGAACAAAU